AUGGCUGAAAAGGCUGCCGAGGAGACAGGGCUAUGGAAUGAGGCUGCUUCCCAGAAUGACUUGGGCCUCCAGGAAAGCUUGUUCUUCUCUGAAAAUGACAACAGCCUGUACUUCACCUACAGCGGGCAGUCUAACACCCUGGAGGUCAGAGACCUCACCUACCAGGUGGACAUGGCCUCACAAGUGCCUUGGUUUGAGCAGCUGGCUCAGUUCAAGAUACCGUGGAUGUCUCACAACAGACAAGAUUCUUCUGAGCUGGGCAUCCAGAACUUGAGCUUCAAAGUGAGAAGUGGGCAGAUGCUGGCCAUCAUAGGGAGCUCAGGCUGUGGGAGAGCCUCACUGCUAGACGUGAUCACCGGCCGAGACCACGGUGGCAGGAUGAAGUCGGGUCAAGUGUGGAUCAAUGGGCAGCUCAGCACACCUCAGGUGGUGAGGGAGCGUGUGGCCCACGUACGCCAGCAUGACCAGCUGCUUCCCAACCUGACAGUCAGGGAGACCCUGGCCUUCAUUGCCCAGUUGCGGCUGCCAAGAACCUUCUCCCAGGCCCAGCGUAACAAGAGGGUAGAGGACGUGAUCGCUGAGCUGCGGUUACGGCAGUGCGCCAACACUCGCGUGGGCAACACAUACAUGCGUGGGGUAUCUGGGGGCGAGCGCCGGCGAGUCAGCAUCGGGGUACAACUUCUAUGGAAUCCAGGAAUCCUCAUUCUGGAUGAGCCCACGUCGGGGCUCGACAGUUUCACCGCCCACAACCUGGUGAGAACCUUGUCCCGGCUGGCCAAAGGCAACAGGCUGGUGCUCAUCUCCCUGCACCAGCCUCGGUCAGACAUCUUCAGGCUGUUCGAUCUGGUCCUUCUGAUGACAUCUGGCACUACCAUCUACCUGGGGGCGGCGGAGCACAUGGUCCAAUACUUCACAGCAAUCGGCCACCCCUGUCCCCGCUACAGCAACCCUGCUGACUUCUAUGUGGACUUGACCAGCAUCGACAGGCGCAGCAGGGAGCAGGAAGUGGCCACCAGGGCAAAGGCUCGGUCACUUGCAGCCUUGUUUCUAGAAAAAGUGCGUGGCUCUGAUGACUUUCUGUGGAAAGCAGACACAAGGGAGAUGGACGUGGACUCCUGUGCAGCUAGCCCAACCCUCUCGCAGAACAUGGACUGCCCCAGUUCCACUGAGCUGCCUGGGGCAGGCCAGCAGUUCACCACCUUGAUUCGUCGUCAGAUUUCCAAUGACUUCCGAGAUCUGCCAACCCUCCUCAUCCAUGGGGCGGAGGCCUGCCUGAUGUCCCUGAUCAUCGGGUUCCUCUACUAUGGCCAUGGGGACACCAACCUCUCCUUCAUGGACACAGUGGCUCUCUUGUUCAUGACUGGCGCACUUAUCCCUUUCAAUGUGAUUCUGGAUGUCGUCUCCAAAUGUCACUCGGAAAGGGCGAUGCUAUACUAUGAACUGGAAGAUGGGCUGUACACAACUGGUCCAUACUUCUUUGCCAAGAUCCUUGGGGAGCUGCCUGAGCACUGUGCCUACGUCAUCAUCUACGGGAUACCCAUCUACUGGUUGACCAACCUGCAUCCUGGCGCUGAGUCCUUCCUGCUGCACUUCCUGAUGGUGUGGCUGGUGGUCUUCUGCUGCAGAGCCAUGGCUCUGGCUGCCGCCGCCAUGCUGCCCACCUUCCACAUGUCCUCCUUCUUCUGCAAUGCUCUCUACAACUCCUUCUACCUCACCGGGGGCUACAUGAUAAAACUGGACAACCUAUGGAUAGCGCCUGCGUGGAUCUCCAACAUAUCCUUCCUCCGGUGGUGUUUCGCAGGGCUGAUGCAGAUUCAGUUUAAUGGGCGCCUUUACACCAUGCAGAUUGGCAAUGUCACAUUCAGCAUUCCAGGAGAUAAAAUUCUCAGUUCUAUGGAUCUGAACUCGCAUCCGCUUCACGUCAUCUACCUCAUUGUCAUUGGCAUCAGCGGUGGCUUCCUGUUCCUGUACUAUAUGUCUUUGAGGUUCAUCAAACAGAAGUCUAGUCAAGACUGGUGA